CAGAAGUUGCCUUUCGGAGCGGGAAAGCUGCAGCCGAUUAUUAGUCGUAUGUUCGAUGGGCGCAGAAGGGUGUGCCGUGGGGCACCGCGGACCGUUCCGCAGGGGACGGAGAGCGGUGGUCUGUCAAGAGGUGCCCCGGUACCCCUCCCCCCACUCCGCCCCGAGGCGAGCGUACGGUGUCUGUCUCCUGCCGGAGAGCAGCUUGCGGGAGCCCUCAAGUCCACGUGUUGAAGAGCUUGUGCGCGGGAGGAGGCGCGCGGAGCGGCCCGGGGCGGGGGGGCGAUAUCACUGCAACUGGGGCAGCGCUGGGACAGUGCUGGGCUAGCAGGUGCACGGCGGCCUCGCAGCGCCCGGCGAGCCGGGGAGUGGAAGUGCGAGUGUGAGGCGCCGGCAGGAGCGGAUGCGGGGAGGGCGCCGAGCAAACUUCGGCGUGGGCGGCGGAUGAGCGGGGCGCCGGGCCCCGCUCCUGCGGCUCGGCGCGCCGUGGGUGCCGUGGGCCAGCAUCUCUGCCGACCUCCCAGGGGUGCUGUGGUGGGGCCGCGCCGGAGUUUUUUGAUGGGGAAGCGGAACGUCACUCGCAGCAUCGAAACACGAAUGUAACAUAAUUAAACAGCAAGCGCAGGGGAGCGGCAGCAAAUGCCUGAAGUUGCUCGGACGCUUGUCAGGGUCGCUCCGCCACUCGCUCUUUCCCCGGGGCCUGGCGGGCAAGAUGGGCCUCGGCUGCGGUGUGCCCGCUAACGCGUUGUUUCUGUGUAACGGUCCGUCUUCGGCCUCCCGGAGGAGGCGAGUGCAGCUCCAGCGAUUAUUCCACUUGCUGAAAUUAGACAAAGCCGCCCUGAUGCUGCUGCCACUCUGCCUGUCCCUGGGCUCGGGUGGUCGCCUGCUUGGAGGCUGCCUGCUGUUUCCCGUGGAGAUCAUGAAACGACAUCGGCUUCCUAGCAGCAGUGAGGAUUCUGACGACAAUGGCAGUCUGUCCACCUGGUCCCAGCAUUCCAGAUCUCGACAUCGAAGGACUUCCUGUUCCAGACAUGAAGAUCGAAAACCUUCUGAGGUGUUCAGAACGGACCUGAUCACUGCCAUGAAGUUACAUGACUCCUUCCAGCUGAACCCUGAUGAAUACUAUGUGCUGGCAGACCCCUGGAGGCAGGAGUGGGAAAAGGGAGUUCAGGUGCCAGUUAGCCCAGGGACCAUCCCAGAACCAGUAGCCAGGAUUGUGUCUGAGGCAAAAGCUGUCACGUUUACACGCCCCAGGAAGUACAUUGUUUCAUCUGGGUCGGAGCCUCCAGAGCUGGGCUAUGUUGACAUUCGAACCUUGGCAGACAGUGUGUGUCGCUACGAUCUCAAUGACGUGGAUGUAGCAUGGCUGGAACUCGCCAAUGAAGAGUUCAAAGAAAUGGGGAUGCCUGAACUGGAUGAGUACACGAUGGAAAGGGUCAUAGAGGAGUUUGAACAACGAUGCUACGAUAACAUGAAUCACGCUAUAGAGACAGAAGAAGGACUUGGGAUUGAAUAUGAUGAAGACGUUGUCUGUGAUGUCUGCCAGUCUCCAGAUGGAGAAGAUGGCAACGAAAUGGUGUUUUGUGACAAAUGCAAUAUCUGUGUGCACCAGGCGUGUUACGGGAUCCUGAAGGUGCCGGAGGGCAGCUGGCUGUGCAGGACCUGCGCGCUUGGCGUGCAGCCCAAGUGCUUGCUGUGUCCCAAGAAGGGCGGUGCCAUGAAGCCGACGCGGAGCGGCACCAAGUGGGUCCACGUUAGCUGUGCCUUGUGGAUCCCGGAGGUGAGCAUUGGGAGCCCAGAAAAAAUGGAGCCUAUCACAAAAGUUUCUCACAUUCCCAGCAGUAGAUGGGCACUGGUGUGCAGCCUCUGUAAUGAAAAAAUUGGAGCUUCUAUACAGUGUUCAGUGAAGAACUGCAGGACAGCCUUUCAUGUCACCUGUGCGUUUGACCGUGGCUUGGAGAUGAAGACCAUACUGGCAGAGAACGAUGAGGUGAAAUUUAAGUCAUACUGUCCCAAGCACAGCUCCACCAAGAAAGCAGAUGAUGAGACUUUCAAUGAAAGCCCAGGCCAGCAGAAUGGGAAUGGGAUUCAGGACAGUGUUCUUCCUGCCCAUGUGGAGCCUUUCCACAGCAUGGAUCAAAACCAGGAAGAGGCCCACAGAGUCAGCCUCCGCAAGCAGAAGCUCCAGCAGCUGGAGGAUGAGUUCUAUACGUUUGUUGAAUCUUUGGAAGUGGCUAAAGCGCUGAGGCUGCCUGAGGAGCUGGUGGGAUUCCUGUACCAGUACUGGAAGCUGAAGAGAAAAGCCAACUUCAACAAGCCUUUGAUCACCCCAAAGAAGGAUGAAGAGGACAAUCUGGCUAAACGGGAACAGGAUGUUCUUUUCAGAAGAUUGCAGCUCUUUACACACCUCCGGCAGGACCUCGAGCGGGUGCGUAACCUCACUUACAUGGUGACUCGAAGGGAAAAAAUCAAGAGAUCUGUCUGCAAAGUUCAAGAACAGAUAUUUAAUAUUUGCGCAAAGCACUUGGAACAAGAAAGAGUUUCAGGUGUGCCUUCCUCAUUCUCCUCAAUGGAGAACACGGUAUUGUUCAAUAGUCCAUCUUUGGGCCCCAAUGCCCCCAAGAUCGAGGACUUGAAAUGGCAUUCUGCAUUCUUCAGGAAACAAAUGGGCACAUCUCUAAGCCAGUCUUUGAAAAAACCACACAAGAGAGAUGGAGCAAGAACCAGCUCUGGGAAUGAUGGCAAAUCCCUGCUGAGGCAGCCCAGCCAGAGGGAAGGUGGGGCAGCUACAGGGGGCUUUUUAAACUUUGACAAGACCUUUGCAGAAACACGACUUGUAUCAGCAGAGGAGAAAAAUGGGAUAGUUAUACCAGACCACAGAAAAAGAAGAGACAAUCAUCCGCAGUGUGAGGUUGUCAAGGCAGAACUGAAGGAAAAGACUUCUAAACACAACCACAAACCACUGCGACCCACAGAACUGUCUCAGAGGCAAUCGGAAAAUAAAAGGGCUGUGAACCACUUCAGUGGUAGGUCAGCGCCUGGCACACGGAGGGAUAUAGUGCCUAAAUGCAACGGGGGUCUCGUCAAAGUAAACUCUCAUCAGACAGUAGUUAAAGUGCCUACGACACCCACGAGCCCAGUGAAGAACUGGGGCGGAUUCCGAAUUCCAAAGAAGGGGGAGAGGCAACAGCAGGGUGAGAGCCCGGAGGAGACCUGCCGCCAGAGCUCUGGCUACCCCUACCUGGGCGUGAGCAGAGUUUCACCAAAGGACAGGGCAAAAAGCAAGCUAAAGCCUGACAGCGAGAAUGAUGGCUAUGUCCCUGAUGCCGAAAUGAGUGACUCGGAGACUGAAGUGUCUGAAAAGAAGUGCAGGCAGCAGAGGCUCAGUCCCAACAGCACCAUCAGCAGAAGGACGGACAUUAUUAGGAGAAGCAUCCUGGCAUCCUGACUGGACACAGGGACAGGGUGCCAGCACCGUGGUCAGUAGAGUCGCUGCCUGCAUGCUGACUCCACGUUAUUUAUUGGUGAGAGAGAAGAGAGUUCUUAGACAUGGCUACAGACUGUCAAAUUGGUAACCCAUUAUUCCUGAGUUCUGUAAACAUGUUUACGUGCACUUAAAGCUGUUUUCUUUGGCGUGUGGUCCCAGUCCCCCUCCUCCCCCCGGUUCUGUGAGAAGUUUAAAUCUUCCUUUAUUUGCAACUUUCCUGAAUAAGCAGAGAAAUUACAUCACUAUUACAACACUAAAAUAGUUCACAAAAACCUUUUAGAAGGGGUUGGGGUGGGUAGGGGGAAGUAGGCUGCAUUCAUCCCUUUUCGCAAAGAAAGCACUGAUAAAAUUUUCCUCCCUUCCUUUGCCUUCUGGAAAAGCACAAGCUCUUAAUUUAACUAGUGUGUAAUGAAUUGAAGGUGGUUGUUUAACCAUACUGCACUGCUAAAACCCAUUACAAAUGGGGUUUCCUUGGAUGGUGGCAGGUCUUUCUCCUCUCUUUGCAGAGUGUUUCCUGUUGCAUUCAGUUUGAGCACAAGUGGCAGCUCAAACCCCUCUGUAAGCUCCAGCAUUUACAUGUAAAUACACCUAUGAGAUGGCCAGGUGUAACCAGGAACUGUGGUACUGCAGGAGAAGGAAGGGGCAGGUCAGGACUGCAGCUGCCUGAGGGUGCAACAGCUUGAGAAGACUCAGCCUGAGCACAGCGAACGCCCUCACCUGGCUCAGUUCUGAGAAAGGGAGCCGGCGUGUGGGUUCCCGUCACCAUUUAGUCAGUCACCUGCCUCCAGGAGUAGGGUGGCAAUUUAAGAAAAAAUAUGUCUAAGGCACUAGUGGGUGGGAUUUCCCAAAGCCCACCGCACAUGCACUAAUGGUACGGAUUGGGAAAGCCACGCGUAUGGUACUAAAGGGUUGCUUUAAAAUGGAGAUGAAUAUAUAUUUUUAAAUAGAAUACAGUGGAAAGGCAAUAAAUUGUGAUUAGCUCUUUACAGUCAAAUGAAGAAAAAAGAUUUCCUUUUAUUCUGGACUAGAUUUGAUGGAAGAGGGGACUCAUAGUCUUGAUUGUGUAGUUUUUUGUUACAUAAUUGCAAAUGGCAAUAACUAGUAAAGCUACGAGCAAUAAUAGCAACAGAUCCUUAGGAUUCUGUUUUGUACCAAGUAGAGUGUGCAUAUAACAGUGGAGUGGUAGGAGCCUGUAACUGUUGGAAUUCUGCAUAGAUGGUAGGUACUGGUGAAAAACUUUAAGUAGCAAUGUGGUACAGAAAGACAGGAAUAAAGAACCCCCUUCCCCCCAGCCCUUCGUACUCCUAGCCUGCCGGUACCGCAUUCACUCACUUUUUUAUGCUAGAUCCUUGCCUCUGGAGCAGAGAACAUGUGAAACACUGUAGAGUUCUGCCAUGACCAAGUUUUCCAGAGGAGUCAAUCCAAAAAGAAGAAAAAAAGAAGCUUAUUAAUAUUAUCUUGCUAUGCAAGUUAUACUUAAAUAUUUCAGUAGAAUGCAUCCCUGUCAUUUGUUUUAAAACUCAGAAGUCUUAAUCUUUCGACAUCUUUAGGGAGGAUGUUGGGGAAGGGGAAUUUUGUGUAAGAUAGUGUACUUUUAAAAUACCAUUGCUAGUCCCAAGAAGUGGGAUUAAACAGAGGUGAGGGUCAAACAGGGCACUGGUGAAUCUAAGGUUAUGUAGUUAUUCUUGGGACAUGUUACAAGAAAAGUACUUACUAGACCCAACAACAACAGACAAGGUAAACGUAGGUAAGUUCUACUUGGCAUAGAGCAAAGUUUUCCAGACAGGCUCUGCUCUUUCCUAUAAGAAGCAAACUCAUGACCAUAGAGGGAAUUGUUUGUGAAGCCAUAGAUUGAAUAGCCUAAAUUUUGAUUCUAAGCAAGCAUUGAACCUCAGACCAGACUCAAAGAGGUACCUUGUUAAUUUGCACUAUUCCGAAUGCUACUGUUGUGCAGAAUUAAUGCCUUACCUGUUUUGCUCCCCACUGUUGAGGUUAAUAAGCUUUCUAAUGUUUCAAGUUACACUGAACCAAAACCAAAAAGUUGUCUGAGGACUGCAGUGUGCCCAGCUCUGUAGGUUAGCUCUGUUACCCACGCUUAGUGCUCAGCAGAAGGUGGUGUAAGUACAGCAGUGUCGAUACAGACUCACCCCUGUGUUUUACUGGGAGAACCAUUUGCAGCAUUUCUGUUUUAAGCGUUCCCUUCCCUUGUGCAGACCGACCAAGAGACCGUUGACUCGAUUGCUGUAUUCUGUCAAACUGUAGGCUAGUUGAACUUCUGUAAAGUUGCCUGGAAUGCCAUUUGUUAGGUUAUAAAUUCACGCAGAUCUAAAUGAAGGGUUGUACGUGUCGUGUAUAAAUCUGAAUUUCGGAAAUUGGAGAAAACUGUCGUUACGUUUGUAAAACCUUGUACAGAAGAUUUUUCACUACGUGCCUAGCUUUGGUGUCCAUUCAGCUGAAAUUAAUUAAAAGGUGCAUGAGGAGAAACAGAAAUUAAAAGUAUAUGUAGAGAUGACUAUUUUAUAUUACAUGGCUCAAUCCUGUAUUUAUUUUCUCCCUUUUUUGAAGUAUUUAUAAAGACCUAGUUGAAGACAGCUGUAUUUUUUGUUAAAAUACUGAGUAGAAUUGUGCCUUUUUGUCUGUAUGUGAAUAAAUGCUGUACAUUUUUGCA